AUGACGAAAUCUGCGACAGACGCAACGCGAUUUACAUCGACAAUGCCGCACGCCUCCGCCAAACCUUCACCCUCAAGACCCCAAAAGAAAGGAACUCCAGGUCCAGCGGGCGAGACGCCUCGAGAAAAGGUUGCUAGAUUAAGAGCUGCUGCGGAUCUAGCUCGCAAUUCACAGGUCACGGCAGUGGAUAGGUUUUUGGUGAGGGGACGGGUGUGGGCAGACCGGGCUCAUAAGAUUACGGCUGUAACUUUGAUGGGAGCUACUUUCGUCGCAGGAAUCGUAACAGUCUACGCUCUAGGAGACAUGAUGGUUUACAACCGCAAAAAAAGAGCCGAGUUCUUCGCAGAGCAGAAAGCUCAACACGCCUCUGCUAUCGAGAAUGCUCGGCUAAAAGUACAGACUGGCAGUGCCAAUGAAGAAGAUAUCCGGUUUCUUGCCUUGGCGGACGCUCAUGCCGCAGAGAUUGAGGCUAAGGCGAGAGCGAAGGCCGAGAAUUCGAUUUUUAAUAAGGGGAAGCAGUUUUUGUUCUCUGGGCUUAAGAGAGAAGAGGGUGGUGAUGAGGUGGGGACCGGUGAGAAUCGUUUAGGCUAUGAGGGGCUGAGUGAAGAGGAUGAUGUUAUGGGGGAGCGGGAGAGUGAUAUCGUACGUGCGAUUGAGGAGAAGAAGAUGGGGAUUGCGGAUAAAGCGAAACAUGCAUUUGAGAAUGAGAAGGAAAGGCAAAGGAGUGGAGGGCCAUUGGACCGGAUAGGGGCCGCGUCAAAUAAGAACGGGGAUGAGCAGCCAAAGUCGAAUGGUUGGUUCUCUUGGAUGACUGGGAGGUGA